GUGCAGCGGCAUGGCGGCGGCCGGCAGCGUGGCGGCGGCGCUGUACGAGGCGGGCGCCCUGCGCUUCGGCGAGUUCGUGCUGAAGAGCGGCAGCACCUCCCCCGUCUACGUCGACCUGCGCGGCCUCGUCUCCCACCCGCGCCUCCUGCGCCAGGUGGCAGCUCGUCUCUUUCAGACAGCCAAAGAUGCUGGUCUCAAGUAUGACAGCGUGUGUGGUGUUCCGUACACAGCACUGCCCUUGGCCACCAUUAUCUGCUCAGAAAAUCAGCUUCCAAUGCUUAUACGGAGGAAGGAAGCAAAAGGCUAUGGUACUAAGCGGUUGGUUGAAGGCACCAUUAAUCCAGGAGAAACCUGCUUGAUCAUUGAAGAUGUGGUAACAAGUGGAUCUAGUGUGCUGGAAACUGCAGAAGUUCUUCAGAAAGAAGGACUAAAGGUCACGGAUGCCAUCGUGCUGCUGGACAGAGAGCAGGGUGGGAAAGCCAGGUUAGAGGAACGUGGAAUUCACCUGCACUCUGUCUGCACAUUGUCCGGGGUGUUGGAGAUUCUUCAGCAGCAGGGAGAAGUAGCUGUUGAGGUGGUUGAAAAUGUGAAGAAGUUCAUUCAGGGGAAUAUGUUUGAGCCACUGGCUCAGAAUGGCUCUGCCCCUUUGAAGAGACUGUGCAAAGAGCUGAGCUUCAGCGCCCGUGCCAAGCUGCCAGGGGUGCAUCCUGUUGCAGCCAGGCUUCUCACCCUUAUGGAGAAGAAGCAAACAAACUUGUGCCUUUCUGCUGAUGUAACCAACUGCAAGGAGCUGCUGCAGUUAGCUGCCAGCCUAGGCCCCAGCAUUUGUAUCCUGAAGACUCAUAUAGACAUCCUGGAUGAUUUCACCCAAGAGGUAGUAAAGGAGUUGAGGACACUUGCAGAUCAACAUGAAUUCUUGAUUUUUGAAGACAGGAAAUUUGCAGACAUUGGAAACACGGUGAAACAUCAAUAUGAAGGUGGUGUAUUCAGAAUUGCGUCCUGGGCAGACGUUGUUAACGCCCAUGUGGUUCCAGGCUCUGGAGUAGUGAAAGGUCUGAAGGAAGUAGGUCUUCCCCUCCAGCGUGGCUGUCUUCUGAUUGCUGAGAUGAGUUCUGAGGGGUCUCUUGCAACAGGUGCAUACACAAAAGCUGCAGUUCAGAUGGCUGAAGACAACUCAGAUUUUGUCUUUGGAUUCAUAUCUGGAUCCAGAGUUAGUAACAAACCAGAAUUUCUUCACUUAACUCCAGGGGUGCAGCUGCAAACUGGAGGUGAUCACCUUGGACAGAAGUACCUAAGCCCCAAGGAAGUUAUUAGUGAAAAAGGCUCAGAUAUCAUUAUCGUGGGACGUGGCAUCUUGUUAGCUUCAGACCAUCUUCAAGAAGCGGAGAAGUACAGGAAGGCAGCUUGGGAGAGCUACAUAAGCAGACUUGGUAUUCAUGCAGAAGACUGAAAGCAGGCCACUUCCCUAGGCAAUAAGCAAAGCUGAUGAAGCUGCCAUCGUCAUGAGACUUCCAUUUAAAUACACAGGCACUUCAGCCAGCAGAAAACUGCCCUUUUGGAGAGAAAUUUGUUACUAAAUAACUUGGGUUUUGUUGUACACAGAUAAAGUUGUACGUGCCAUGGUUGGUUAGUUGGUAUGCUUUUUUAAAUGUUUGGAUGUAUGAAACCAAACCUUCAUGCCCAAUUCCUAGCCUUAAUAGCUUUUCUCUGCUUAAAAACCUUGCACAAAACACUCCAAGGGUUUUUUGUUUUGCUGUUGUUUUUCUUUCUUUUCUCUGCCCUUGCAGUCCUUCUGUCUGUGGAAAUAGUAAUUCACUGUUCUUAAUAAACUUCACCUGCCUACCUAAGACCUGCUGCCUGACUAAUGGAUUACUCACUUUCCAGGGAGCAGCAAGUAUGGGUCUUAAUCCCACAUUGAAAUUGAAUCAUAUGUUGCUUAAUAAGCACUCUCUUGGUAUGGUUUUCCUUUUAUUGGCUCUAUAGGUCUUCCUUCUGUGGCAGUGUGAAAUACUGUGUUCAGAACCCUAGUAUUACAAAAAGUCAUCUUAAUGUGUUUGUGACUGCAGGAAUGGGUUGUGAUUCUUGUUUACAGGAGCUACAGAGAAUUUGUCAGAGCAACUACUUGUGUUCUUAAUUACAGUGAAGCUAUAAAGAGCUCUGUUAAUGAGAAACAAAAAUACACUUUCUGUUAAUUGACUUUCUCUGACAAUAGAAGGAAUGCUUCCAGGGAUUGCUUUUCAUUCUUCCUAUUGAAUAAAGAGAUUCUUGUA